AUGAAUUCUCAUUUUGAAAUAUUUUCACCUGAGAUCUUAUAUGAAAUAUUUGAUUAUUUACCAAUUUCUGAUAUAUUUCAUGCAUUUAUUAGUCUUAAUCAUCAUUUAAAUAAUAUUAUUAACUUACAUUCACUCAAAGUUGAUUUCCGAAAACUUUCUCGAUUAAAAUUUGAUUUUGUUUAUCAUUAUCUUCAACCUGAACAAGUUAUUUUAUUUAUUUUCUCUAAUGAAAAUAUGGCUGAGCAAGUGCUUAUUUUUCAUCGAUAUUUUCCACAUUAUAAAUAUCAAUUUAUUAAUCUUCGAACUCUUACAUUUGAAGGUUGUAUUUAUGUUGGUAAAGAACUUAUUGAUACCAUUUUGAGACAAACAAACUCUUUAACUUAUUUGAAAGUUGAUUGUAUUCAUAUUUUACAGUUAAUGGAUACGUACUUUGAUUUUGAUUAUUUAUCUCAUUAUCUUACAAAUCUUACAUUGAUUUAUUUAAUAAAUAAAGUUGAUUUUUCGCAUAAAUUAAUUCAAAAUUAUCUUAUGAAAUUAUCAAAUUUAAAAUAUCUAACGCUUUCUAUAGCAUUAGAUUUAAUUGAUGGUGAACCAUAG